GCAACGCGAGCACCUUUAUCACAGCGGUUUACUGUCUUCACUUCCGUGUGCGAACCUACGGCUAAAAACAUUACCAUGGGGAGCACGGCACCUCGCUCUCAGCAUGGUCAGUGAUGGGUGUAUGAUCCACAGGCAGGUUUUAUUCUCGCAGGAUUUGAUGUGCUUUGAGUUGGCGAGUCAUUAUGCUGCUGCACCUGUGUGGUGUUAAGAACCUGUACCAGAGCAGGUUUCUGACUGCUAUGUCCUCGCCAUCCCGGAGCUCCCAGAGCCAUCGCCGGUGCAAAAACAGGGCACGCUAUAGCCUCACAGCUGAGCAAUGCCCCCCCAUCGAUCCCAACAACACCUUAACCCUGCCACGAUCCUCUAGCGACCCAGACCUGGUGUCAACUCACAGCCGCUCCACCCUCACAGUCAGCACCUCGAUCUACAGCAUCGGCCAGCCACAGGACCUCCUCAUCUGCUGGGACAUCAAAGAGGAGGUGGACGCCGGAGACUGGAUUGGCAUGUACCUGAUCGAUGAGGUUCUCUCAGAGAACUUUUUGGACUAUAAGAACCGUGGGGUAAAUGGAUCCCAUAAAGGGCAGAUUGUUUGGAAGAUUGAUGCCAGUUCAUACUUUAUGGAGUCUGAGACCAAGAUUUGUUUCAAGUAUUACCAUGGAGUGAGCGGAGCACUGAGAGCCACCACCCCUUGUGUAACUGUGAGAAACCCUUCUGCUAUUGUCUUGAAACCUGUGAUAACUCAGGAUGUCACUCAGAGUCUGGGCAACAGAAGGCUCAUCAGCUUCUCCCUGUCAAACAUCCAGGCAGUGGGUUUGAAGAAGGGGAUGUUCUUCAAUCCUGAUCCAUAUUUGAAGAUUGCAAUCCACCCUGGAAAACACAGCAUCUUCCCUGCUCUCCCUCACCACGGUCAAGAGAAGAGAUCUGGCAUCAUUUGCAACACCAUCAACCCUGUCUGGAAGAGAGAGAGAUUUAACUUUGUCUCUCUACCCACGGAUGUUUUGGAGAUUGAGGUGAAAGACAAAUUUGCCAAGAGUAGGCCCAUCAUCAAACGCUUUUUGGGCAAGUUGUCUGUGCCUGUGCAACGGUUACUAGAGAAGCAUGCUAUUGGAGACCGUGUGAUUAGCUAUGCUCUAGGCCGCAGACUGCCAACGGAUCAUGUCAGUGGACAGCUGCAGUUUCGCUUUGAGAUAACAUCUUCUAUUCAUCCAGAUGAUGAAGAGGUAUCUGUUAAUGCUGAUGUCGCUGUGACCCCUGACCGGCAGGAAGCAGGGGAGCUAAAUAUUGACCCACCAGAAGCUGUUGACUUGGAUGCAAAAGAUGAAGAUCUAAAUGAGCUCAAUGAGAAUAUCUCUCUGGAUGUAGAGGCACAGAAUUCUUUGCCCCUAUCUUCUUCCACUAAACCUAGUUCCCCUGUUCAUAUUGUGUCUAGCACAGAAGAAUCGGGGGAGGAUGGAAAUCUAGAGGAGGCACCAAAGGAUGAAGAGAACAGACCAUUGGAGGAUUUGUCAUGCACAGUUCAGUUCCCUGAACAUCAAGAGCAGAGCCCUGAGGAACCAGCUGAGGAGCUGGGAGAGGUGCAUCAUGAUGGGGAUGCAGAAGUUACAGAGGAUAUUUUGGAAGCUCAUGUAGAUGAAGUUGCAGAUGAAAUAUGCACAAGAGAUGAGGAGGUGGAUGAAGAAGCUAUUAGGGUAAGCAUAAAGGUUGAAGAUUCCACAGAAUUGCAAGGAGCUACAGGCUCAGAGCAGACAGAAGUAAGAGAGGAAGGAGAGAGUGAGACUGUAGAACCAUGCUCUCCAAGGACGACAUGUAUGAUGAAGCGAAAGGCCAUGAAACGCCGGCCCUGCUCACUGCCUGUCUCUGAACUUGAGACAGUCAUUGCCUCAUCUUGUACAGAACCUGAGACGCCACGAUCACACUAUAUCCGUAUACACCACCUCCUGCACAGCCUUCCCUCUGCCCAGCAUGGCUCCCUGAGCCAAGAUGAUGAGGAGACAAUCGAUCCAGACUCUUCUGAGGAUGUCAGUCUGAAACCUGCAGAGAGCGAAAAGGUGGUGGCUGAUGAGAAUGAGGAAGGAUCAAGUGAGACUCUGUCUCCAUCAGUAGUCCCAGAAUGUCUUGGACCUUGCUGUCGAAGGAUUCUGCCUCCGAGCCUCUCUAUUGAACGGCUGUCUGAGCUCAACCAGCUCUUGGAGGGCGAGACCCCCUCACGUCUGGAAAGUGAGGAUGUGGAAACUGAAUGUGGUGGAGGAGGUCAGCGGGUUCACAGGGAAAGUGAGUGUGAACUGUGCGACACCUCCUGCUACAGCACCUCAUGCUACAGCACAUCCUGUUACAGCACAUCCUGUUACAGCAACUCAGGCCACGAGGGACGAAACCGCUUCUGCAGCCACACACGCCUGUCAUCUGUGGACAGCACACGUCUGUCAGAGAGCACCGUAUUUUCCUCGCAGGAGGAAGAGGAGGAGAACAGUGCCUUUGAGUCAGUAACAGACUCAGGACAGAGCCCAGAGUCAAGGGAGCUGGGAGAUGUUUCCACCCAGUGGAUGGAGGAGCAAAAUGAGGGAGGGCAUGGUCAGUCUCCAGUAGCUGGACCCAGUGUUGGGUCACCAGGAGCUAGUCACCGUCCAAUCAGUCAGCUUUCUGCUAUGCGGGCCACCUCCCACCAUUACCCCAGUGUUGAUGACUCAUUGCCACCAAACUGGGAGGCCAGGAUAGACAGUCAUGGUCGUGUCUUCUACAUUGACCAUGUGAAUCGCACCACGACAUGGCAAAGACCCAGUCAUGCAACAAAAUGUCCCAGCAUGCACCGCUCCAACUCCAUCCAGCACAUGGAGCAACUCAACAGGAGGUAUCAGAACAUCCAGAGGACCAUGGCUACUGAGGAUGAGUUCAGUGGCCAAAGGCUGGAGAGCAGCAGUAGCACAGAGACAGAGAGCGACGUCCCAUCUCAACCUGCUGAUUCAAGAAGAGAAGGCUCAUCCUCUCCAGUGAGCAAUCAGAAGAUCACCCUGCUACUGCAAAGUCCAGCAGUCAAGUUUGUCACUCAUCCAGAAUUCUUCACCGUCCUCCAUGCCAAUUAUGGGGGGUACCGUAUGUUCACCAAUAGCACCUGCCUAAAGCACAUGAUUCUGAAAAUCCGACGAGACGCUCGCAACUUUGAACGCUACCAACAUAACCGAGACCUUGUCACGUUCCUCAACAAGUUUGCAGACACACAGCUGGAGCUGCCAAGAGGCUGGGAGAUCAAAGUUGAUCCACAGGGCAAGUCAUUUUUUGUGGACCACAACAGUCGAGCCACCACCUUUAUCGACCCCAGAAUCCCCUUUCAGAACGGAUGUUUGCCUAAUCACCUCACACAUAGGCAACACCUACAGAGAUUACGCAGCUACAGUGCUGGAGAGGCGUCUGAUGUGUCCCGCAGCCGAGGUGCUUCUCUUAUGGCCAGGCCUAGUAACGGCCUUGUAGCUGCCAUCAGGAGCCAGUACCAGAAUGAUUCAGUGCCCUUAGCAUAUAAUGAAAAGAUUGUAGCUUUUCUACGCCAGCCGAGCAUCCUGGAGUUGCUACAGGAGAGGCAGCCUAGUUUGGCCCGCAAUCACACUCUCAGGGAGAAGAUCCAUUACAUCAGGACCGAGGGGUCACAGGGGGUGGAGAAGCUGUCUUGCGAUGCAGACCUGGUUAUGUUGUUAAGUUUGUUUGAAGAGGAGAUCAUGUCAUACAUCCCGGCUCACCCAUUCCAUCCUGGCCUCAACUUCUCUCCAAGGUGCUCUCCUGGAUCCUCACCCCAGAAUUCACCAGGACUGCAGAGAGCCAGAGCACCUGCUCCAUAUCGCAGGGACUUUGAAGCCAAACUGCGCAAUUUUUAUAGGAAGCUUGAAGCCAAAGGCUAUGGCCAAGGGCCAGGAAAAAUCAAGCUGAUCAUCAGAAGAGAGCACCUGCUCGAAGGCACCUUUAAUCAUGUGAUGGCAUAUUCACGCAAGGAGCUCCAGAGAAAUAAACUCUACAUCACGUUUGUGGGAGAGGAAGGUCUGGACUACAGCGGGCCUUCGAGGGAGUUCUUCUUCCUGCUGUCUCAGGAGCUCUUUAACCCAUACUAUGGCCUGUUCGAGUACUCGGCCAACGAUACGUACACCGUCCAGAUUAGCCCCAUGUCUGCCUUCGUGGAGAACCAUUUGGAAUGGUUCCGCUUCAGUGGACGUAUUUUGGGCCUGGCACUGAUUCAUCAGUACCUACUGGAUGCAUUCUUCACCAGGCCAUUCUACAAGGCCCUCCUCCGACUAGCGACUGAUCUGAGUGAUUUAGAGUAUCUGGAUGAGGAGUUCCACCAGAGUUUGCAGUGGAUGAAAGAUAAUGAUAUUACAGACAUUCUAGACCUGACCUUCACUGUCAAUGAGGAGGUCUUUGGGCAGGUAACAGAGAGGGAGCUGAAAUCAGGAGGAUCCAACAUUCAGGUUACAGAGAAGAACAAGAAGGAGUACAUUGAGAGAAUGGCCAAGUGGAGGGUGGAGAGAGGAGUGGUGCAGCAGACAGAAGCAUUGGUUCGGGGUUUCUAUGAGGUGGUAGAUUCACGUCUGGUGUCAGUUUUUGAUGCUCGGGAGCUGGAGCUGGUCAUUGCAGGAACAGCAGAAAUUGACCUGAAUGACUGGAGAUCCAACACAGAGUAUAGAGGAGGCUACCAUGAUGGACACAUCGUUAUUCGAUGGUUUUGGGCGGUGGUGGAGCACUUUAAUAAUGAGCAGAGACUACGAUUGCUGCAGUUUGUUACGGGAACGUCCAGCGUGCCAUAUGAGGGCUUCGCAGCUCUGCGUGGGAGCAACGGCCCACGCCACUUCUGCAUCGAGAAAUGGGGCAAGGUCACCUCUCUACCCAGGGCUCACACAUGCUUUAACCGUCUGGAUUUGCCUCCAUACCCUUCGCACACCAUGUUGUAUGAGAAACUGCUGAUAGCCGUGGAGGAGACGAGCACUUUUGGUCUGGAGUGAAAACUUCCUUGACAAUGGAGAGACUAUAUUUUGUAAACAUACUGUGCUUUGAUUUUCUGUGACCGUAUCCUCAAGAGACUGGUAUUUUAUAAUGAAAUCCAUCUGAGCAUUCGUAUGGGAUUUUUAUUUGUGAAAUUUUGUUUGCGUUUACCUCAGAGUGCAUGAAAUACCUAAUGGAAAUAUUUUACAUAUUGUAUUAUUAUGGGAAUGAGGGAGGGACAUACAGUACUAGUGUGUAGUGAAAACCCGCAUCCGGCCUACAAGGUAGUAUAUCUGACUGAAUUCUCGUGCUAAUGUUCAUGUUACUAAGGAGGCAUUUUGACAUUAUCUAGCUGAUAUGCUAUUAUUAUUGUGCAUGGAGGAUUAAGCCCACCUGAUGUGCAGUUCACCAAUGGCCUACAUACUGUAAGAGGACAUGACAUCCAUUAACAUCCCUGACUUAAUAUCCCAAUUAAAUCUCUGUAAACAUUCCCUCUUUGGAAAUUUUAACAUUCAAAAUGACCAUUUUGACUUUUUAUGAGUGAAAAUUAUUUGUAAAAGUCACUGAGACGUGUUGUAGGCUGAUUGGCAUCUAUAAAUUUUCCAUAGUGUGUGAAUGUGUGUACGGUUUCCCCUGUGAUGAGUUGGAACCACAUCCAGAGUGUCCACUGCCCUGUGCCCUGAGUCCCAUGGGAUAGUCUCCAGGCUCCCUGUUACCCCAUGUAGGAUAAGCAGCACAGAAAAUGGAUGAAUGGAAAAGGAUUAUAGAGUAAAUAAUCCACCUUGUUCACGUUGUUUGAAUCUACAGUCUGGGUUAGAAAGAAAUCAGCUCCAGCCUCACUACUUCAUACCAUUCUGUGUACAUUUCUUAUCAGUGAUGCUGUUAUGCUUUUUCUACAAAAAUCCAAAAUAUCCUUAAAUCGUUUCUUAACAGCAAACAAUCUGACGUGGAUACUAAAAAUGAAACCUUAUCGAGCAGACUGAUAGUAUUCUGGAUGAAAUUAUGAAGCACAGUCACCUUACUCUUACAUCUUACAUCAGUGUCCUCUCACUCCAGGAGAUGGAGAGGUAUAAAGAAAGCAGGAUGAUCUGGGUGAUGUAAGGGAAUUUAGAGUAUACCCAGAUUAGCACCUUAAAUGCUAAUCUCUUCAGGAUGCUCUGGUAUUUCUGACUCUGAAAGAACUCCUUGAGUGUUUUCACUUGCAAAUUCUUUCAUGAUAAGUUAACGAUGUUCAUCAGAUGAUUCAGAUGCACACUGAAAGGCAUGGUGUUGUUGCUUAAAUUCUCAAUCACAUGUCUUUCAAAUUUUCCAAAAAAGCACCCAAACAUUUAGGGCCUUUAUUUGCAAAGCCAAGAAAGUGGAUAAAAAUAUCACUCUUAUACUACUAGUAUUCAUUAUAAAUAUGCCAAUGGUUGCCAAUAUGCCAAAACUGGAAUAUGCAAUGAACAUAAGGAACCUUGAAAAAGAAAUGCAUUUAACAUUGUUAUUUUUCCUUUCCCAUUAGCUUUAGCCAAUGUACAUCCAUGAUUAUUUAGAGCAAUAUACAUUAUUGACACCACAGAGGUAUCCAUAUUAACCCUUGUAGACAUUAAGAACUAGGGAUUUACUACAAUUUCCAAUAUGGCCUCUGAUACUGAAAUUGAAUCUCUAUUACUGUAUUUAUCUGUAGUACAUAUAUUUCUGUGUUAACGUAUUAUUUUGUAGCUCAUACCUGCAUUAUGUUUCUUAUGAUACUUAUAAUGCAAUGCCUUUUUCAGUUUCUUGAUUCAUUUUUAUUUUUUAUUACUGUAGCAUGGGUGUGAUCAGAUGACAGUGACUGACAGUAAUGUGAAUUGAUGUCAUUGAUUACUUACAGUGUUUUAUAGUUUAUUUCAAUGUGUACACCUUGUGUUUAUUUAUUUGUUAUUGUUUUUUUAAGGGACCAUUAAUAAAUUGCAGACAAAUUUUACUAACAUUACACUAAUGCCUAUGAUCUAUUCCUGUAAUGCACUGAAUUAUUUAAAUAUGUAACACAACUAUAUGUAAACUGUGUUCAUCUAAUAAAAAGAUCUU